AGGGUCGAGCUUCCAGUUGAAUGAUAUCUGAUCAUCGACCAAAUAGUAGCGCAUUUCCAACAGGAAAUCAUCUUCUUAGACUUAAUUACAUUGAUUUGGAGAUCCAUCGUCCUCUGCUUCUACCUCUCCGUAAAUCAAUGCGUAAAAUUUUUACGUAGAAGUAGUUGCUUGGAUUUUAUUUGCGAUCGACUGAUGCAAAGAUGGGCGCUUCAAAUUCAACACCCCAACUCAGUGAUGCCGCUGAAAAAAAUUUUCUUGCUGCCAUCAAAGAAGUAAUAGCUGGAAAUAGUUACUCAAACACGAUAGAAGACGAACUCGGAAAGCAUUUCGACGGUUUUCACGAUAUUGGUGAGAAUUCGGUUCGUGAACGAACUUACAAUAACAAGGCCCUUCUCAAGUACUACCAAGAACUGUUCUACUUACUAGUCAAAAAGUACGCAAUAGACACCAAGCAGCUAAAACAGUCAAAGUCGAAAACGAAGGAGAUACGUGUUGCAGGUUCCCCAGAGGAGCUCUUGAACUCCUUGCACGACGAGGCAUCUACUAGUAGUACAACUGACGAAUUGUGGGGGGAGCUCUGUGGAAACAGAGAUAAAAAUAAUAAUAAAUGUAGACAGGAUUUCAAGGACAAAGGGAACGCGUUGAUAAAGGAUGUUUUUGGGUUGAUGAAGGAGUCGCUCGACGGCAAUCUGAAGGGCAAAACAUUCAAAGUCGAUGAAGAACAACAGAAGAUGGAGAGUUCGACACGUAAAAUCGACAAAUUCACGCUUAGAAGAGCAGAGAGUGCGACCCCUACCGUGAUGCUGAGGAGAAGCCCCGUGGACACCGUUUCAUCCGGUAAAUACAACUUCUACAUCGACGCCGUUCUAGUCGUGCCAUUCGAAGGAGAGUUCCAGAAGAACUCGAUUAGGGACAAUAGGGCGACACUCGACACAUGGAACUUCAAGGUGGACGCGCUGAUGCUGUUGGGGCAGGUUCAACUAGAAUUAUGGGUAGGUAGUUAAAGGUGCUUUUGUUACCGUUUGUUAUGGCUCUCUCCCUUAGGUGGGGACAGCGAUAGAAUUUACGGGAGAACCCACGAACACCCAAAACCUAUCUCUAAUUGAAGGGGCGUGGAACAAUCUGCACUGGACGAUGUGGUACGGCAGCGACGGCGGACGCAGAGGGUUACUAGACGAUCUCCCAGGUUAUAGCGUGUUAGAGCCACUACUACCAGUCCGUCAGUCACCAGAGACGAAGCUCACAGUGUCUCAUGAUCAUAUCGCCUUUCACUUAUUAAAGGAAAGGACCAUGUCCUUUUUGCAGACCCGGAGCUUCGAUACAUUGCAGAAAGAUGCAGGUUUUCACUUUUUUAAUUCGCUUGAAAAUGAAGUUCUUGAGUUUGAAACUAUACAUAGUACGUUUAGUGGUCAUAGUCUGAAACUAAAAAGAAUCAUAACGAUACCGAGCUCGAAGGUGUUGCGUUUUUUGUUUUCUUGGCAGACUAUAAUAUUAAGAUUGAUUAUUUAUUACUAAGUAGAACUAGAAAUGAUGAUCUGUGUAUCUGUGUUUCAGUUUCUUAUUCUUGAUUCACAUUCAUGCAAUUGAAAAAUUGUCAUCUUAUUAAGGGUUACCACAUUGCGUCCUUCACUACCAUCCUUGACUUUUUUUCCAGUAGGGAAAUGGUCAGGGAUGAUCUGAAGAAUGCAAUGUCACAACCUCUAACCUUAGUUAUGAAUCAACAGAGAAUCUAAAUCGUUUUCUUUCAUCAUCAGUAUGAACAGUCACUGUCAUCACAGUCUUCCCUUCAUCAACUUCAACACUUGAUGAAUUUUACGAUCACGUGAUCAUGAUAGGCAAUGUCCGUGUGGAAGGUGGGGUCAAAGUAUCUCCUGCGAACUCGAAAACAGCCGGUUUGAUACCAGCACAAGAGCAAACCGACGUGGAGAUUUUUCGUUCCGCUUCCGCAAGUAGUUCUACGGCAGUUUCAGGUCAUGGCAUGUUCUGACUUUUAUAAAGCAGAGUUGCUAGUAUUGAUGAAAUGGCCUUGAAUUGGUACAUCAAUAUGGAAGUAAUGAGAAUGACGUCGUUCGUUAAUCGUUAUUCUUCAUCAUUAUUUUUGUCAGCAUUUUUAUCAUUAGCGUUAUCAUUUUCAUGGAAGUGAGCUCUUUUGAAAAAAUGCCACUUGUGAAAAAAUACCACAGGAGCGGUUCACGACCAUGUCUCGAACAAGGUGAUGGAGAACACACUUCGUUCCGCUCAGCUGCAAGCCGAUACUUCUUCUAUCUCGGGAAGUAUCACAACGGAUAUUAGAGCUGCUGGAGCUGGUACUUAAGCAAGUCAGUGAGUCUAACUCUAAGUUGUUAACGGAUUGAGACACCGCAGCACGAGUUCAUGAUUUUCAUGUUGAUGACCUUCGUUUCGAAACACCUUGUUCAAGUUUUAAGCGAUGUGGUAGAAGACAAGAAUACUUACUUAACAACUACAGAUACCCCAACCCCAGAUGAACAUGAAGUAUGCGAGCAGGAAGGCGGCCUUCAAGAUGCAACUUCGUACACAUUUUCCCUUCGCGGCUCGCAGGUUGCCAAGAUGAUCGACAGUCCCGAAACCGAAAACCGUUUGGAGCCUAAUUCGUCGUCAGGUACUUCCGAAGCCGAAAACCGUUUGGAGCCUAAUCGCGCGUCAGGUACUUCCUACUUAGACGUCAGUGCUAUCUCUUUCUCUUACUUUUUCACACCAUUUGGAUCAAGAUGAACAUUAUUUUUUUUUUUUUAGUUGGGUCGUGCUCCACCACCAUUAAUAGAAGAGUUAGAGCGGAUAGUUUCAUGGACAUGGUAUCUCAUCAUUGAUAGAGGAACGGAUAACAUCAUGGUAUCUCAUCAUUGAUAGAAGAACGGAUAACAUGAUCAUCCUGAGGCUCAGCUGUGUCUGGUGGCGUUGUGCAGACCGGCUUUAUUGGUGGCGAAGCUCUUGCCCAUCUUAAUACCCAUGAUGGUCGCGAAAUUAUUAAGGCUAUCGUAUAAGCAUAAUAUGCAUACGCGUCGAUCGUUAAAAAAAAGAGUAAAACUUUUUUUAUUCCUUGCGAAGAUAAUAUUGAAGAUACUGUCUUCUCUAGAAUCAAGAUUUAGCUGUUGAAGAAAAAUUGAUAGACACACCGCUUUUAUUCAAGCAAUGACAGUGCCAAAGCUGUGCUGUCUUCUAAGAUUUCCUGCGCUUGCGCUGUCGUUCUUGCAGUUGUUAUUGCUGCCAUAUUUGGCCGUCGGUUGUUGUUUCGCAAUCGCAUGAGCAGCUCAACGACGACGACAAAGGACACUUUGAACGUGGAGGACUAUGGGGCGACCGCCGUUUAUGCACAUCACACUCGCACUGGCUACUUUUUUGCUUUCCCUCUCAGGGUACUCCAACUGAACUCCUUAAUUAUAAUUAUAUCUUCACUUUGAUUACUUCGCCGUAGAAAAAUUAUCUUCCCAUUAUUAUCUAUACCUAGUACGUGUAUUUACUUUUUGGCCUGAUUAGAUCACAGCACUGACUUGUUCUACUUGAAGCAGCUGCUUGUUCUACAUGUAGGCAGAACCUGAUGUUGUACUUAUCCGGUUAUUUAAGUGAAGAUUAUCUCCUAGUGGAAUAAGGGAUAGGUACUUAGAUAAACAAGCACGACCCAUCAUCUAACUUUACGGAGGCGCAGGGGCGGAGCCAAACGAGCAGGACGCGUAAAAUGGGAAGAAAUACUGUUGCUUUUAAGUGAUGAUGAAUGUGCUUGCAUGGUUAUCUCGUUUGAUACACGCAUAGUUGAAUGAUGUGACAUGAUCGCGGUUGUUUCUUCCUGAUUAUAGAAAGAAGGCGGAAACAAAAUAUAUUCAAUCAUUGAACAGAUAACAUGAACAGAUGAAAGGAUUACGAGAACGAGUUGAACAGAAAUAAAUUUUUAUUUUUGGCGCCAGUCGUGAGUACGAACAGCAUUCCUUUGUGUAUUGAUUUGAGUAGAGUUCUGGUCAUCGAGUAGUUAUACGGCGGAGAUUAUUUACAACCUCAUGGACUAUGUAUAAUUAUGAACGAAUAUUUUCAACAAGCGCGACGAAUUAGCUAGGACGGAUCAAGAUCAUCACGUAUUUGAUAAAACUGUAGCAAAUUAAUUGAUACAAAACGACUACUAGUAAAUGAAAAUAAUGGGAACUACAUGGGUAUGGGAACUACAUGAUGACAAUUGACAUGUAAACGCGUCUUUUUGGGUACUGAUGUUGUGGGAAAAACAUAGAUAAAAAUGUUGGUACGUGUGAGUGUGUACAGCGACGUUAGGGAUGCAUGUAUUAUCGAAGAUAUUGAUAUUGAUGUUGUCUUUCUCUUCUGUUGAACCAACUAGUACUACAACAUACUUACACCAAGGUACUUCUUCGUGUUGGGUUUCGAAGAAUGAAAAAUGAGUCAACAGUUCAUCUUACAGAAGCAAGUAGAUGUGGGCCAAGAGAAGCAUUGAUUUCAUCCUGAGACUUACGACCCCAGCGCUAUUCGUGAAGGAAAUAGACCGGUCCGAAACUCAAAAGUCGUGCAUCAAUAAUUCACUAGUCGAAUGAAUUUUAGAGGAUGAAGAUCGCCUAGGAAAGAAGCGAGGAAAUAUGAGCACCGACAAAAACAUUAUAAGAAUGGUUCGACCUAAAGCUGAAUGGUUCGACGGAAACCAAUACGAAUAUACCUCGCUUGAAGGAUGGAAACAAAGUGACGACGAGAGUUAGAGAGUCAGUGCCCGGCGAAGACGAAGAGUCGUCCCUCCUCGUUUAUCCGUGCCGUUCUGUCGUGCCUGCUCGAUAAUCGUUGUCAGGAUUGAUACAAAAAACCGAAACAGGAUGUCAUCGUGAUGAAAACACCAGACGACUCGAGUUGUAAAAAGAGUGGAACAACGCUAGAAUCAGAAAAAUGCUAAAAAUCCUUUUUGAUUCUAGCCCCUCACCAGUUUAGGACACCUUGCUUCCAGCAGCAACCGCAGCGACGUACUCGGAGAAGCAUCAGGAUGCCGGUCCCGGAUUCCGUUACGUCCAGCAGGCGCGCGAGACGACUUUCGUGAAGCUGGUACUCUUUUGACCUUUGCGCGCGGCAGGCGAAGGCAGGCGACCCAGGCCCAGCAGCGUGUGAGACAGAAAAUACGAUGAUACCCACCACGGCUUUUGAUGAAUAGAAUAAAUCAAUCUGUUAAAUGUCACCUACGAAGGAUCCUACCGCAUACCUCUUCAACAACAAAACUCACCAAGCAUACCCUACAGCUACCACCCUUCGAGACCAAUUGGCCACCAGCUCACAGCGUCGCGCUCUCCUUGCAAAUAUCCACUGGCGAAUCCGAAUAUCUGGUCGACCGAUCUGCUGCGCCACCUGGUGCAACAGCUCCACGAGAUGGCGACUUUGUUGGGCUUCAGCUGCUGGCCUAUUGGAUAUAGCAAAAGAUCAAGGGUGGGCUACAGAGUAAGCCUGAAGGUAAGACCUGAAAGGGUAUUUUUCAAUGUUGUUUGGGGAUCGUUUUUCAAGUUUCAUAAUUUAAUAUUGCUCUGAAAUGUAAUGAAGAUGAUUCUUAUGUAAGCCGUGGUGGGCGUGGGUUCAGACAUUCGCCGUUUCACAAAGCGCGAGCGCGCGCGAAGCAGCAGCGGGGCGUGCGGUGAGGAACUCAGCGCGUGAAGAAGCCGCUGCUCGACGAAUCGACACCGAUGCAGGACGAGAGCAGCACCCGAUGACCAUCGCCGUUAGCCGUCGACUCGAUAUUUCCGAAGCAUCCCAUUCGAGUGUGCAGAGGUCGUCAGAGGGUUGAAGUCAAAAUGCAUUUUUGGUUUUUUUCUGAUUCUAGCGUUUCUUUGAAAGAAGUCCCGCUCCACUUCUGAACUCUGUGGUGUAUGCUUGCCCAUGACGACGACGACCGCGAACCUGCCUCAUAUUUCCUUGACGUUCUGAAGAUACUGAUACUUUUUU